AUGGCUUCUCUCACAAGCCCAUGGCUUCGUCUCCUAGUGCUUCUCGUGGCCAUGACCACCUUCCUGCAGCAUGCCCUCGCGGCGGCCGGUGGCAGUGGGAACCCCACCGCCGGGUUCCAGAAAGUGCAGCUCCCCGACGGCGACUUCCAGGUGCAGAGCCCAUACAACGUGCCGGAGAACCAGCGGUUCCGGUACCGCGACGGCGUGCGGACGUUCUGGGUUCAUCGCAACGACAAGCCCUUCAACACCGCCACCCACACCAACCCGCGCUCCGAAGUCCGGCUACGUGGCUACGGCUACGUGCCGUCGGGGACCUCCGGCGUGUCGGUGAUGCAGAUCCACAACGAGGAGGGCGCCGCGCACUCGACAGUGUUGAUGCUGCACGUCUACGACGGCGUCCUGCGCUUCUACAGUGGGGCGGCCGUCGAGCCCAACAUCGACGACCGGUGGUUCCGACCCAACGUGAUGCACGACGUCGGCGCAUCCACGGUGGCCGUGCAUGUCGACGGGGCGAGCGCAAGUUCAGCACCAGCGUGA